GAGUUCACUGCUCCAAAACAAAAAGCCUCCGAGGUCUCCCCUUUGAGCACUGAGGUUUUGAAAAGAUGCCGAUCUCCUUAGCUUUUCUUAUUUUUGCCUGCUCCCCUCCCUCCUCAACCCACAACCUCUUAGAAAGGAAACUUGAUAAUGUUUACAGUUAAGCGUGGGGAUGGGAACUUCGAAGGACUUCCUGCAUUUGCCUGAUUAUGUUUUUGAGGCACAAUGAUGAGAAAUUAUCUUUGCCUUCCUGGAAAGCGUUCCUUUGCAUCUCAACUGUUCAGCUCCUGCAUCCCCAUCUGGGGACUAACGAGCUGCCUUGGGACCACGUGGAGGUUAUCCUCUGGUACAGAAUAAUAAGGCAGGAUGGAUGUGUAUGAUCCUCAGACGCUGGGAGUUGUGGUCUUUGGAGGCUUUAUGGUGAUAUCAGCCAUUGGGAUCUUUCUGGUGUCCACCUUCUCCAUGAAGGAGACGUCCUAUGAGGAAGCCUUGGCAAAGCAACGUAAAGAGCUUGAGAAGACCAACCAGCACAAAAUAGAGAAAAAGAAGAAAGAGAAACCUGUUGAGAAAAAAGGAAAAGCAAAGAAAAAGGAAGAAAAACCUAAUGGAAAGAUACCGGAGCAGCAGCUGCCUCAGGAAGUGACAGACUCUUCCAAGGAUGUGGUUCUUGAGCCUGCUGUGGUGCCUGAGCCCGUAACUCCCGCUGAGCCUCCGAUCGCAGUGGUGUCAGUGCCCCCCCAGGAAAAGGAGAAACCUGCUCCAUCUCCUAAGGAGAAGAGGAAGAAGGAGAAGAAGGUGGCAAAGGUAGAGCCUGCUCCUAGCCCGGCGUUGGCUUCCCCUCCUGUCAGCGUUCCCAAAGGUUCUCCUGUCUUGGAGGUGACCCCUAAGGAGGUGCCUGUUGUGGCCGUGCCACCAGUGGGCACGCAGCAAAGUGCCCCAGUUGUCAGCUCUGUCCCCGUCAAAAAAAACGAGGCUCUUCCAGCCCACGAGGAGCAGAAGCAUGAUGGACCUGUUAAGAAGAAGGCUGCAUCCAAGAAGAAGAGUGAGCCAGCACCUGCAGACUCGGACGGGCCCCUCUACCUGCCCUACAAGACGCUUGUGUCCAGCAUCAGCAGCAUGGUGUUCAGCGAGGGAGAGGCCCAGCAGCUCAUCGAGAUCCUGUCGGAGAAAGCGGGCAUCGUCCAGGACACCUGGCACACGGCAACGCAGAAGGGGGACCCGGUCACCGUCCUGAAACGCCAGCUGGAAGAGAAGGAGAAGCAGCUCGCUGCUGAGCAGGAGGAUGUGUCUGCUGCCAGAAACAAGCUGCGGGAGCUGAGCAAGGAACUUGCAGCUGAGAAGGCCAAGGCAGUGGCCAGCGAGAGCAAGCUGAAGGAGCAGCUGGUUGCUCGCGAGAGGGAGAUCACUGCUGUUCAGGCACGGAUGCAGGCGAGCUACCAGGACCACGUCAAUGAAACACAGCAGCUCCAGGGAAAGAUUCGGACCCUGCAGGAGCAGCUGGAGAACGGCCCCAACACGCAGCUCGCCCGCCUGCAGCAGGAGAACUCCAUCCUGAGGGACGCGCUCAACCAGGCCACCAGCCAGACGGAGAGCAAGCAAAACGCUGAGCUGGCCAAGCUGCGGCAAGAAUGCAACAAGCUGAUGAAAGAGCUGUCUGAAAAAUCCGAGGUGCUGCAGCAAGAGGAGCAGCAGAAAAAGAGCUGGGAGAUCAAAGCGGUGGCCUCCGAGAAGCAGCUCGAGCAGUUGCAGGCUUCCCAAAGGGAGGUGGAGGCGACGCUGCAGAAGAGGUUGGAUGAAGUAAGUGACGAGCUCCGCAAAACCCAGGCCAGCUACAAGAGCCUCUUAGCAGAUGCAGAAAAGUCCAAAGGGCAGCAGCAGAGCAUCGCUGAACUGCAGGCCAAGCUGCUGAGCUCCGAAGCAGAGCUUAAAAGCAAGCUGUCCGAGCUCGACAGCGUCAAGGGGAAACUGCAGGAUGCCAGCUCGGAGAACACCAAGCUCCUGGAGAGGAUCAAAUCCAUCGAAGCUCUGCUGGAAGCAGGCCAGAUGAGGGAGGCAGAAAAAGACAGAGACCUGCAGGCAGCCAACGAAGCAGAACUGAAGCAGGUGGAAUUAAGGCUGCAGGAGAAAACAGACCAGCUCUCGUCUUUGGAAAGGGAAGCAGCGGAGCUGCGAGAGGCAAUGGAGCAACAGAAGACAAAAAACAACGAUCUCCGUGAGAAGAACUGGAAAGCGAUGGAAGCGUUGGCCACGGUGGAGAAGGCAUGUGAGGAGAAGCUACUUGCUGCUACAAAAGCAAAGGAGGAGCUGGCCCAACAGCUUGACACCUUCCAGACACGAACCAAGCAGACGCUGCUCUCUGCCCUCCCAGAAGUCACCGUGUCCUCGCAGCAGGAUUAUGAUACGUGGCUACAAGAAUUUAAGGAGAAGACAGUGAAUGUGCUAAAGCAACACACCAGUACAACAGAGCCCGUGGAUUCAGCACUUAAAUUAAAAGAGGCAGAGGAAGCGCAGAGCACUUUACAAGCAGAAUGUGAGCAGUACAGAGCUAUCCUCGCAGAGACGGAGGGGAUGCUGCGAGACCUCCAGAAGAGCGUGGAGGAGGAGGAGCAGGUGUGGAAAGCAAAGCUCACGGUCUCUGAAGAGGAACUCCAAAAGUCACAACUCCAGUUGAAAUCCCUUGAAGACAUGGUAGAGAAGUUGAAAGCAGAGCUGCAGAGCACGGAUCAGCUAAAGGAAUACAUCUCUCUUCUGGAGGCACAACUGGAAAAUCACUUGCAGACAGCCAGCUCCGAGCGCCAAAACUACACAAAAGAAGUUGAAGUCUUGAGGCAGCUCUUGUCAGAGUCCCAAGAGCAGCUGGAGGCGGCGAAGACAGAAACACAGAAGCAGAGCCAAGAGCUGGCCCUGGUCAGGCAGCAGUUGGGUGAGAUGAAGAGCCACGUGCAGGACGGAGAAGUCGUGGGGUCACGAGCCGAGCUGAGCGAUCCCAUGCCCUUCGAGUUGAAAACUCAGCUGGAGCAAAACGAAGCGCUGGUGGAGAAGGAGCAAGCGCUGAGGCAGAAGCUGGUGCUGGAGCUGGAGGAGGCACAGAGCUCAGCGCGCAGCUUGCAGGCGGAGCUGGAGAAGCUGAGACUGGCUGAAAACGCAGCGACUUCAGGCACGGAGGAGGCCCAGCAUCUCAAGGAAAGACUUGAAAAAGAAAAAAAACUAACAAAGGACUUGGGCCAAGCAGCAACCAAACUACAGGAGCUACUGAAGGUCACCCAGGACCAACUGGCCAAAGAGAGAGAAACAGUGAAGAAGUUGAAAGAACAGCUUCAGGAAACGGGGGAAGAGGACAGUUCAAAGGAAGGGACUUCGGUUUGAUGAGUCUGUGACUUAGACCUUACCCUUCAACUUACCAAAAUGCCUUACACAUUCCUAAAAAUAAAAGUAUAUGCUGAAUUUACUGUAGAUAAAAUACAAGCCAUUAGUGACCCAAAACCUAGUUUUGAAACUUUAAAAAAAAAAAAAAAAAAAAAAAAAAAAAAAAAACAAGAAAAAAACACACCAACGACCAGUAAACACUGCAGGUGUACGUUUGUAAGAAAACCUUCAUACUGUUUUGUACAACCAUUCGUUCCCGUGGGUGCUGCUCUCAUCACGCUGGGGCAGAUGCCGGGGCUCGACCCUCCUGUAGCGGCAGAACCCGCGAAUGUGUGAAAAGGGAAGACUGUGUUUGUACAUCAACCGGUGCAAUUAUUAUUUUAUAUAUAAAUAUAUAUAUAUUAUUUUUUUUUGGAGUGAAAGAAGUGUGAAAGUAAGACCCACCAAUGGAAGGAAGCCUCUCUUAGAUGGGUGGCUCUCGGUGCGUAUCCUUUGUGUAUUUUCUGGGUGUCGAUGCAAUUAAAAUGACGUCGUAGUGAA